AGCAGAGAGUCGAGGCGAGAGAGGGUGAAAACUUGUGAAAGGCAGGCAGAAUGAGUAGCAGUGGCGGCAGCCUGAGGAGCAUGCUGGCGGCAGCGGCCAUAAGAGGAGUAACAGAGGCGAGGGCGAGGAUAUUUGGUCACGUUCUGAAUCCAACAGGACAGAGAUCGCCUCACAAGGUACUCCGUAAGAAGCUCAUCGGCGAGAAAGUUGCUCAGUGGUACCCUCAUGACAUCAAGAAGGACGACCCACUUGUCAUGGCCCGUCAGGAACAAGAGCGCUUAUCUAAACUAGAAAUGUUAAAGCGUCGUGGAAAGGGUCCACCCAAGAAGGGCCAAGGAAGACGUGCUGUUAAACGUAGCAAGUAGAAGUAACCCCUUUGGGUGCUUUUUGAUUCAUCGUAUUCUUUUUAGUUUGAGAAUAUUGGUGAAGAGUGAAAUUAUGUCUGUCAGCUGUGAGAAUCUACUAAAUGGUAAUUGAGCUUCAUUUCCUACCAUCUCUAUAGAUGUUGUACUUUGUCCAUGCAAUGGAAGAAAUAAAUGUUGGUUUUUUUUUAUUAUUAUUAUUUUUUUAAAAUUCAGCCUUGUUCAUAUUUUUCAAUUGAAAUGAAUCAUAAGUCUUUGCUUUAAAA